CAGUCUUGGCUCUCUUGUUACCGAGAGCACGCUGAAGGGUAGUAAGUAGGCCAGUGCCGAAAUCGCAACCCCCCCCUCUCUGGACUUAUACGAAAAUCGCACCCCCAAGAUAUCGCGCUCACCACUUUGGAAAUUAUUUAUUUCGUUUUUACGGGGGUGGUUGUCGUACGUUUACUUAAUUUAAAUUAAAAGUGAUGCGCGUAAUUCAAAGUAGUUAAUUAAGGACAGUGAUAAGUAGUGACACCCUAACACACUUUCAAUGGUGUUUUGCAAAAAUAAAUACAAUUCUUCUAGUGCCUAGUGAUUGAAACUGAUAUUAAAAAAGAUUUUUUUUUGCGGAAGUGAGUGUGCGGAUACCAUCACAAAUACAAAUAAACACAGACAAGCAAUAAAAGUGACCUAAAUUUCGUGAUUACUCAUUUUUGGAUUAUCAUUUGUUUGAGAAACUCCUGGGCCACAAUGAAAAGAUGACAAGAAAGAAACCGCCCCACUACCCCAGAUGAAAACAAUGAAAUAUCCGAACCUAUCCGGUAGCAAUAUGGCAGUAAGCGGAAGCAGCGCAGUAGACGAAGUAGACUCGAUAUUCACCUCGCCGUGUUGGCAAAAUUCCAGCAGUAGCGAGUUUAUCGAUCACAAACUGAUCCUGGACGGGGCGAUUAGUAAUUUGGGCUCCGAUAAGUUACUACUGGAAGCCUCCGUCCAAGAUGACUCGGAUAUGGAGAACAAAGCGUCGAUGGACGUCCUCAAUAACCUACUUAGUUCCUCCCAAACGAUGAGCUUGGCCGAACUGAAGCCCUUGCCGCCCUUCACAAAUUACACCGCGAACCUGAGCAUCAACGGGAUCCAAGGGCACCACUAUCACACAAUCUCCCAAAGGAUACCAGAAGAGAACAAUAAUAAUUAUAGUAAUUUUAGCGAGCAAAAUAUAGUGUCCAGUUCGACGUGUAAUAUCGGUUCAGACUCCGGUGACGAGAAGACUUUAUAUACGGUAGACGAGGUGGCGAAGUUGGGUUACGAUUGUGCCGAUUCCGUAUCGAGCGCGAUCAAAUUCGAGGAUUGCGCCAGCAUAGACUCGGCCGCGCAAAUUAAAAGUGAAAUAACCGAGUACGAUAUAUCGUCCAUUGACGAUAUCGCUGCUAUCAUCGGGUCCGCGAUAGCUGACACCACCGUUCCCAGUACAAAUCCAGAAAGUGACGAUCCGAAUGCGUCCAGGGACAGUUGGAUGGACUUGGACGCGUGGAUCGAUCAGAACUACGGUGACCAGAAAGAGGCGCUGAUCAUUAACGACAGCAUGAGUGAGUUCUUGGUGCCGAGCACCAGCAGUGAAUUCUCUCAAAAGUCCCAAAGCAACAUUUACGGUGGAAACGGGAAACCACAAGCGCAUCAAAGCGGUUCGACGUUGCAAAGUCUACUGACUCACGGUAGCAUGCCUUUGUUACAAUACAGACUUCAGAACGGCCCUCCUGUUAAGCAAGAAGCUCCUAGUUCGACCAACUAUGCUGCUGAGCUGAUUCCGACCGCGAGCCCACCAGCUAACGUUGUCUCUACCACGGAUAAUCUACUGUUAACGGUUAACGGUAGAUUUAUACCGCAGUACAGCAUUCACAGUCUGCACGAGGAUCAUCGGAUAAGAAGUCCGGAGCUGAUGGGGCAGAACUACCCUCACACGACCACCACAACGACCACAUCGAGUUCGACGAAAAAACGAAACCGGAAUCCGAAGAAACAGCAGUCGGCCAGUACCGCGGUUUUUUCUACGGAUCAGACUUUAGGUUUAUUGGGCAAAGAGAAGCCGGUGCAUAGGUGUAAUAUUUGCAAUAGGGGUUUUUUAAAUAAAAGUAAUAUUAAGGUGCAUCUGCGCACGCACACGGGUGAGAAACCGUUCAGGUGCGACACGUGUGCGAAAGCGUUUAGGCAAAAGGCACACCUGUUGAAACAUCAACAGAUUCAUAAGAGAAUUGGAAGGGAUUAAGUGUGGUUAGUUUUUUUGUUGAAAUUUUUAAUAAAGGGUUUGCGAGAUAAGAUGAGGGUGAGAUUACUUACAAUUAUUUUUUUCUGAAUUUGUAGAAGUAUUCUCUGAAAAAAUUAUUUAACUCGAUACCUAUUUUAGCGUUUCUUACCAAAAAAAAAAAUUACCAAAAAUCAUGACUCACAAACUUGACUAGGUACAAAUUUGAAAUUGUGCAGAAGUUUCUUUGGAUAAUUUGAUUAGAUACCUAUAUGAGCAUUUUUCAAAAUAUGUACUUAAAGUCAUAAACUUGACUGGGUAGAACUUUGAAAUUUUGUGCAAAUAUUCUCUGUAUAAUUUAGUGGACACCUACUUCAGCGUUUUUUUUAAAUAUGUACAAGGAGUUAAAAAAAAAUUGUACUAAAUGAUCAUACGUCACAAACUUGUGUAGGUACAACUUUGAGAUUUGGUAGAAAUAUUCUCCAAAUAAUUUGACUGGACUUUCAGCAUUUUUUAAAAUAUGUACAAAAAGUAAAAAAGUAUUUUUUUUAAUAAUAAUUUAAAAAAAAUGUACAAAAUGAUUACAACCUUAAAACUUCACUAUGUACACCUUUAGAAUUAUGUACAAAUAUUCUCUGUAUAAUUUGACUAGAGAUAUGUUUUAGCGUUUUUCGAAAUAUAUGCAUAAAGUAAGAAAAUAAAUUUUCGAAAAAUGUUAAGUACAAAAAAAUUGUACCAAAUGAUUAUAAUUUACAAAGUUGGCUAGGUACACAUUUAAAAUUUUGUACAAGUAGAUACACAUUUUAGCGUUUUUAAAAUAUAUGCAAAAAGUUAAUAAGAAAAUAUUUAUUUUUAAUUAUUAAUAAAAAAACAAUGUACUAUAUUAUUAUAACUGACGAACUAUUUUAUCUUUUUUAUAUUUUCUUGACAAUUUAACUGGGUAUCUAUUGCAGUGUUUUACAAAAUAUGUGCAAAAAAUAGAGGAAAAAAAAUCGAAAAAUAAUAUAUAAAAAAAUUGUACAUAAUGAUCAUAACUUAGAAACUUGGCUAGGUAGGACUAUGAAAUUUUGUACAAAUAUUCUAUGGAUAAUUUGG